AUGCACGCCGAAUCAAAAAUGUUUCGACUAUCACCAUGCCUCAUGGUAUCAAAGCGCUACCGCUGGACCGCUAUCCUUGCUGUCCUUACUAUCUUGUCCAUCUUCUUCCUCUUCCAAAACUGCGACUGCCUCUCCCAGAGGGCUCCGAGGCCCAAUGCCAACACUGACAUCGAUUGGUCGCGCUUUGCAUAUAUACACAAGGCGGACCGUGUCAUCAUGUUUCCCUCCCGCAUGCUCAAGUCCGACGACGACAGUAGCAACGAUGUCCGCCUACUCCGAAACGCUCGAGAUAAAUACAACGUCAACCUCAUCCCCAUAACAAUUCAACGCAGAAAUGGUGCAGACAUGCCCGUGGCCAUGCCCCGAGCCUACUGGCUGUGGCCGGAUAGGGAGAUUCUCUCGGCCCACGUCAUGGUCAUCGAGCCCUCGCAAGUCGAGUUCGGCCGCAUCAUGGCCAAGAUAAACUCGGCAUCCGGGCGUGAAUACGACAUGGAAAUCAUCAACUCCCUCUACCGCGACAGCGCCCUCGUCCUCGCCCAUCGCGGAUACGCCAUGUUGACUGGCGAAUUCCGUAGCGACAACCACACCAUGUAUCUCGGUUCUGAUGUUGAGAUUUGGGAUCCUUCCAUGGCCUACAGCGAGUCCAAGCUUAUUCACUUUUCCGACUGGCCACUCCCAAAGCCCUGGCUGCCCAUGUCUGAAGAACAGCGCACCAAGCUUCAACCUGACUGCACAACCACUGCAGACGGUACUGAGGAUUGCACCGCAAGGAUAAUCUGGAAUUCUCUUUAUGCGGACUUCAAAAAGAAACGAAAGGUAAUAGCCCCGCCCAAAGUGUCAUCGGACGUCUAG